CGUUCGAGUAGAAUAAUCUUCCAUAUACAUACAUAGACACAUUCCCAAAUUGAUAAUCAAUACAGCCAGGAUAUAUCCCUUGACCCAAGAGAAGCACAAAGCACACGCAACGUUUUCCCGCGGCUAAUAUUCCCCCCUCAGGCCACGAGCACCGGCCCUCGUUUCUCUCGGUCGAGAGUAGGCGUACAAAUAUAUAUAUAUAUAUAUAUUGACGCGACGUGCACGUCCACAGGUUUCUGCUUGCGAGUAGUCCACAGACAGUGCACGUAUAUAUGCACCGAGGGGAGUCCAGUAGCAACAACAACAGCCGAGGCACUCGACCUCCAGAAUCCACCGAGCCAAACAAACAACCGUACACCCGUGCGAGGUUGUAGCUGUGGGUGCAUGUAUACGUACGUGGAGUGGAAGCACAGUGGCCCAUCGACGUGCACGUGUAUAUGAAAAACAAGAUCGGCCGAGUGCAGGCACACGUAUAAAUACGCACUGCCGAGAGAGUAGUCUCGAGUGUCCAGAGGGACGAGGGUGAAAACAGUGAGACCCGUCUUCCCCUUCUUUGUGUCCCUCCACUCGACUCGAUCCGGGAACUACGACGACGGUGUCGCGAGUGCAGUGAGCGCGGAGGCAAACACAGAGACGCCGAAUCAAAAGAAAAAGUGUUACCGUGUGUACCAGUGCCAUCAUUAUCUUGCGCAGUGCGUACACGUACAGUGUGAAAUCAUAUAGUGAAAGGCCGGUUGUAGCCACGAGUGCGACAGUUUGUAUGCGCCGACGGUGCAAUAGCAGCAGGAGCAGCAGUAAAGCAGGAUGAUGACGGCACCGGCCGUCGGACAGUCUCAUCUCCACCGCGGGCUGCCGCUCUACUACUGCUGUCUUCUACUACUAUCGCUGCCGAACCUCGCUCGGAGCGAUUUCGAUGGGGAGCAGUCGCAGCUCACCUCAGCCGAAGAAAAGACUAGCUUCGAGGCUGCCUUUCAAGGAAGAUGCGGCCACGGCUCGCCGUGCGAACAGCUGUGCUACGAGCUGCACGACGGCAUGUACGAGUGCGACUGCAGGGAUGGCUACAUACUCCACAAAAACGGCUACAGCUGCGCUGAGCUAAACACGACAUCGUCCUCGACGAGCGAAGGCAUUAUACCGCCUGAAGUGGCAGCAAGUACCAACGAGGCCGCAUCGUCAAAGAUCUUAGGACCGGAGGUAUCCGACAUCGAUGACGAUGACGACGAGGACGACGACGAGGACGAAGAAAUGGGCGAGGAUGUGAUAUACAUGCGAGGAGCCUCUUUUACGAUACAUCUGAACGGAGGCAACGCGAAUUCGAACGAGUCACACCUUUCGUACGACGACGAAGAGACGAACGAGGUUCCCGACGAGGAUAAAAUACCACCGACACCUCAGAACUGGAUCCCGAGCACAAGACAGCAGCGGCAACAGCUGCCCGUGGCACUGUCAACCGAUAGCUCGUCUAAUGGCGAGCCGUCCUGUACACUGGACUGCGGACCUGGUGGCAGCUGCUACGUCGAGCUCGACCCCUCGACGGCACGGGACACGAAUGACGUCGGCGUCAAACUCGUCGAUCCCGAAACUGAACGUCGACGACGCAGGAGGAGGAGCAGCUCGAGCAUCGCCGGUGCCAGUGCCGAUGGUACACCGACGCCCGUUCAGAGAUGCCAAUGUCCUCUGGGCCGGGGAGGCGAUCGAUGCCAGCGCGAGACGGAAGUGAGAUCCCCGCGUUUUACUGGACUGAGCUGGCUCGCGUUUCCAGCGUUGCACGCAGCCUACAAGUAUGUCCAGCUAGAGCUCGAGUUCCGGCCCGAAGCGUGGGACGGUGUGUUGCUGCUCGCCGGUGAAAGGGACGACCUGCAGGGUGACUUCAUGGCCCUGAUCCUUCACCACGGAUACGUCGAGUUCAGAUUCGACUGUGGCAGCGGAGUCGGGAUUGUGAGAAGUUUUGAAACCGUGAAACUAAAUGAGUGGAACGUACUAAACAUCUAUCGGCAUCGCUGGGAUGCGUGGCUGCAGCUGAAUCAAGAAAAACGAGUUCAGGGCAGAUCAAAGGGUCUGUUCUCGAGGAUCACGUUUCGGGAGCCACUGUUCGUCGGUGGCCCAGGCAACACGAGCGGCCUCGAGCGGCUGCCAGUGCGCGCAGGGUUCCGCGGCUGCGUGAGGAAUCUAGAGAUCAAUGGCCACCGCUACCAUUUCCCGUUGGCACCUCAAGGCGAUGCCCUCAACGGCUUCGACGUCGAAAAGUGCACGGCCGACAGGUGCAGCAAAGUGCCCUGUUCGCACGGGGGCAAGUGCCUGACCACCGGCGGCGACACGGCUGUCUGUCUCUGUCCACUCGGAUACACCGGCGACCUCUGCGAGACGAGGGUGGACCUGCAGGUGCCAUCAUUUAACGGGUCCUCGUACCUGAAGUACGCCGGUCUGGCCGAGACGUCGCUCUCCUGGCUCGAAUUGGCCGUGACGCUGAAGCCAAGUGCCCCCGACGGUGUGAUCCUGUACAACGGACAUCACAGCGACGCGACCGGCGACUUUAUUGCCCUCUACCUGGCACAGGGCCACGUCCAGUUUACGUUCGACCUGGGAACUGGAUGCGCGACCUUGAGGAGUGAAAGGCCAAUUAAACUGGACGAGUGGAUCGAGAUCAGAGUGUCGAGGACUGGUCGUCUUGCCUCUUUGGAAGUGGAAGACGACCCGGCCAUAGAGAUGAUGGCCCCGGGUGCUUUUACCCAACUUUCAUUACCUCUUAACAUGUACCUGGGUGGAACACCAUCGACGGAAAUGUACUCGCCAAAGUUAAAGACGAACGCAAGCUUUGUUGGCUGUGUACAAUCUGUCGUGUUGAAUCGACGCGAGGUGGGUAUUCUGGCAGAGGCUCUGGGUGGCGUAAACGUGGGUAGCUGUGGUCACGCGUGCGAAGCGCGGCCGUGCGGUGACGCGGAGUGCCGGCCGCUGCGCGACCGCUUCACCUGUCGCUGUCGACCCGGACUGCCUCAUCCCUGCCCCGCCCUCGACGAUCAGCAGCAGCAGCAGCAACAAUUGCAAACGAUAACUAGUUCUCAAGUGGAAACAGCGACGAGGUACGCGAUAAGCUCGGCGCAACCGGAAACGCCUGUGCCCAGCUUCACUGGAACCGACAGCUAUCUGCACUUUGACGACGCCGACAUCAUGAAAAGGAUAAUAAGCUACAAAGUGGACAUCAACAUGCGGUUCCGGGCGAGCAGCAACAGCGGCCUGCUGCUCUGGAGCGGAAGACAAUCGGAGACGCGGGAACAAAGGGAUUCUAAUGAGGACUACCUCGCCCUCGGCCUGGACCAGGGCUACCUCACGCUGGCGUACAACCUCGGCUCCGGCGGGGCGCUGCUCCGAUACAAUCUCACCAGAUUGGACGACGAUCUCUGGCACCGGGUCAGAGCAACGAGGAACGAGCAGAGAGCUUCCCUCGUCGUGGAUAACGGGAAUGGCGUUUCGGCGGAGUCUCCGGGACAAUUAAGACAAUUAAACACGGAUACCGGCCUCUACGUAGGAGGUGCGCCGUCCAUAGCGAGGACCACGGGAGGUCGAUAUCUCAAGGGGAUCGUUGGCUGCAUAAGCGAUCUAGUGCUCGACUCGGACUACUCGGUGUCACUGACGUCAUCAGGACAGGCGACCAAUACGCACACGUGUAUUCCCUGAGUCCCACGUAUGUACGAGCCGUCCGAGGACGACCGCUGAGUCCGAUAAAAAUAACCAGUGGCAACGGAAUAGAUAACAAUUAGCGGAGAGCAAACGAGAAGCUAAAUUUAUGUACAAAACGAUGCGUCAUAAAAUGCGUUCAAAGAUGAGAGAGAAAGAGGCGAGAAGAGUAUAAGGAUAAGGUAGAACUCGGUGUAAGGACUAAAAACAAUGAGCAAAAAAUCCUUGAAGAACUAAUAAAUUAGAUGAACUUCUAGUCAGCGACUUGUAAAUAACCGCGAGACAUGAUUUCUGCGUGUGAGUCUCCUCUUUUUUGGUGUGAGAAAAAAAUUAGAUAUAAUAUGACAAGGAUAAGAAUAAGUAAAGGACUGUGUAAUAAUAGAUAUCUGGCUGCUGCUGUAUUUAUUUAUGAAACAAAAAUAUACACGAGCAAGUAUUUGACUCACGCGUGGUCUAACAAGGCUUUCCAUUUAGUUUUGUAUUUUUCAUGCUUCAGUACACAGAAAUAAAAAAUUGUGUUUUAAGAAAAUAAUUUUUAAGAUUUAAAAAAGAAAUGGUAAAUUUUACUACCACUUAUUGGUAUUUACUUCAUCGACACUUAACCAAUGGAUUUGCAUAGGAAUAAUGACAAUUGAUUGUACGUAAAUCGAUGGUAGGAUAUUUUAUAUAAUAAAAGAAAGGAAGGAAUAAUUGUAAGCUAUAAGGAAAACCCUGAAAAAAAUUACUUUGUGUGUGUAAAUGAAACUAGUUGUUUUUCCAAUUCCAUAUUUAAUGAAUAAUAAUACACUUUUAUCUGCACUUAUGGCAAUGCAGCUCUCGUAUCGAACGCGUAAAUGGUACAAAAUGCGCAUCUUACGAGAAAUUAAUCAAUACUAAAAUACUAUUCAAGGUGCGUAUUUUUCAACUAAAAUUUGGAGAUAAAAAUAUAUAUCCAGUGUUUACAGUUGCAGUUCGGCAACAGUAAAAAAAAAGCAACAAAAGUGGGCCUAAGUUGAGGAAAAGAAAAUAAAAAGUUUGUACAUGUGAUACCUAUUCCCUCGUCAAUUUUUCAUGUCAACGUGUGAUCGUAUGUAACGGCUUUACUGCACCUUUAUCUCUGUACAAAGUUUUUACCAUCCCAUGAUAAGAGAUUUCUUUUUUCUUUUAUAUGUUUAAAAAGAUACGACGUUGCUUGUAAUAAUAAUAAACAUAAUAACAAUGAUAAUGGAAUGUUCUCGGAAGAAUAAUUAUAAAAUCAUUAGUAGUCAUUCUUUUAAGUGUAUUUUAAUGAGGGAUACAAAAAAGUGAUUGCCCUUUACAUAUAAUUCAUGCAAUGAUACGAGCUUCCUGCAGCAUCAACACAUGUGUGUCAGAUAAAACAAUUGUAGUUGAGAAAAAAGUACAACAGAAUAACAAAACAAAAAAAAAUAAUAAAAAAACAAAAUAAAAAAAUAAAAAAAAUAAAAACAA